ACACACACACACACACACACACAGGCACACACCCACAAACUACACAGCUAUCGUAUGCUCAGCCCACAAAGAGAAAUAGCAUUGAAGAGGCAGGGCAGCGGGGCAGAGGUGCAGAUGAAAAGAGUCUAGAGAAACUACUUCUUCAAGCUCUGAUAUAUAUACACACAACUACCAGACCUCCAAACUCAAAAUGAAUGGACAGAAGCAGUGGACGCGGGUGGCGGUGAUGGCUCUCCUGGUGCUGACGGUGAUGGCCGCCGAAGGAGGCAAAGCAGAGAAACAAGGGAAGAAGGAGCGCAAGUCGGACUGUGGCGAGUGGCAGUGGAGUGUGUGCGUGGCCAACGAGGGGGACUGCGGACUCGGCACCAGGGAGGGAACCCGCACCGGCACCGACUGCAAGCAGACCAUCAAGACCCAGCGCUGCAAGAUCCCCUGCAACUGGAAGAAGAAGUUCGGAGGGGAAUGCAAGUACGACUUCCAGGCGUGGGGGGAGUGCGACCUGGCGACGGGCAAGAAGAACCGGACGGGCGUGCUGAAGAGGGCGCUGAUGGACGCCACCUGCGCCACCACCGUCACGGCCUCCAAGCCCUGUGGGAAGAUCCCCAAGACCAAGCUGCAAGGUGAGCAGGGGGGGGGGGGUGAGGGAUCACUGGGUAGAGACACGUUGAGUCCAUCAGCGGCAGCAGGGUUCGAGUCCCGCUGA